CUUUAAAGCGUGUCUUCGUUGUAGCCUCCACCAGCUUUUCCCUGCUACCUUUGCAUCUGCCUCGCGUCCUCUACAUAUCCUCUACCAGUGCUCCCCCUCUCUGCCUCCCUCACCUCUCUGAAGAAGACGAAGAAGAAGAAGAAGAAGAAGAAAGAGAGAUGGGAAAGAAAGGCCUUCGGAAAUCUAUCCGAGUUUGUCUCUCCAAGCUCAAGAAAGUACCGUCUCAUCUACACAUACCCAAUUCCCCGCAUCCGGCCGCCGCCACUGCCGCCACCAGUUGGCUGUUAUCGGCGUGCAAGUAUCCCAAGACCCCUUCUUUCGCCGUCGACCGCGGACGCGCCGACGACGACGGACACGACCCUGCCGCCACGCUCUCCGACGUCGACCGCUUCCUCUGCGAGAACUUCCGCUCCCUCUACUUGCGCGAGGACGAACCCGCCAACCUCUCCGAAGCGACCCCCCGGGGGGACGAAGACGAGCGCCCGCCACCCGCAGCGUUCUGCUCGUCCGAGCGCUUCUUCGUGUCCUCCGGCGCGUCCAACUCUCUCCACCGUGGGGCCCGGCGGAACAACGCCUCGUCUUCGUGGUCGUCACCGUCACCGUCGCCGUCGCCGUCGAGGUCUUCUCGGACGAACGAGGCUGGGGCGGAGGCACGAGGCGACGGGGUCGCGGUGGUGACGUUCUCCAAGGACCCCUACGACGACUUCCGGCGGUCCAUGCAGGGCAUGGUGGACGCGCGGCACGUGGAGCCGAACCAGCCUCUGGACUGGGACUUCAUGAAGGAGCUCCUCUUCUGCUACCUUGAGCUCAACGACCGGAGCGUCCAUAAGCACAUCUUGAGGGCCUUCACCGAUCUCACCGUCAGCUUCCGCCGCCGGGCUGCGGCAGAAAGGCGGAGAGCACCGGCUGGUAACAAGGGGAGGAGGAGGAGGAGUCGGAGAUCAGCCCAGAAGGCCGGAGACGUAAGAGAUGCGGCGCCGCGACAUCUUCUGGUAACCGACUGACGUGUAUUGAAUUUGGCAGAUGCAGUGGGGAGGGUGGCUCCACCAUAUGCGGAGCCGCAGAAGAAGAAGAAGAUGCCAUGAUUUACGGCGGUCCAAGCGGUGUCUGUGUAACGCCUAUCUACUGUACGCCUUUGGUAG